AUGACUAAAUCAAGAGGUGGCUGUGCAGGACAGGUGGGAACCAAGCGGUUAACGCCGGUGGCGGACUCCGCCGGGCUGUGGGCGGCGUGUAGAGAAGGGAAGGGUGCUCUGGGGCGGUUCUGGGCGGCUCCGCUCGACUUCGCGGCCAACAUCAGGAUCUCCUUGGCCUUGUCCGCCGGGAGGGUUUCAUCUCUGCCGGCAGCAGCGGCGGCGGGGGCUUGCUUGGGGAACAAAGCCGGCGGCGCUUCCAGAUCUCCGGAACCCGAUUUCUCGAUCAUCGGAAACAGAUUCAUAGUCUCCACCGGAGANUGCGGGAGUCUACAAUCUCAGCGGAGCCCAUUUUUAUCUCUGGCGACCGGAAUAAUAAAGCAGCCAACUCAAACAGAUAGAUGA